AUGCAGCCUCAACUGAUGGCGUACCCUCAAGGCAACUUGCAAGACUUGGAGAAACGCCGACGGAAUUUUCCUAGGCAGAAGGAAGCAGACUGGGUGCUGGCUAGCCCAGCUUUUAACCUAGGCAAGUUAACUCUUAUGGAUUCAAAAACAAACACACAGAUUUUUUUUCUCUCUUUUCUUCCAAACUUUUGACAGAUUGGGAAAGAAAAGUUCCACAAGUCACAGCACUGGGGUUACUGCAAUAAUGUUUCUAUGCUGGUUGGAGAAGAUAAACCUGGAAUAGGAGGCGAACCGUUACCUGGUCAGAAGCUGAAGCCUAAAUACAGUGUGUUUCCUGAAGGGAUGGGAAGUGAUGCUCCUGCUUGGGUAGCAUUUGACAAGCAGGUAUUGUCUUUUGAUGCCUAUUUUGAGGAAGAAGUGCCUGACAAAAAUCAAGAGCUGUAUAGAAUCAGACAUUGUAAAAUAUACUUCUACCUUGAAGAUGAUACAAUUCAAGUGAUUGAACCCCAAGUGAAAAAUAGUGGCAUAAAUCAAGGAACUAUUGUUCGACGGCAUCGGAUUCCACUUCCACCUCCUCAUGAAGAUCAGUUCUAUACUAUAGAUCAUUUCAAUAUCAACAUAGAAGUAAUCCUUUAUGCCCGAAGGUACAAGAUUAUAGAUUGUGACCAAUUUACAAAAAAUUUCCUGAGGAAGAUGGGAGUUAGAUUAAAUCCUCCUGCAGGUCGUCCAGAUGACCCAUACACCAAAGAGCGGCAAAAGAUUCUGGAUAGUAUGAAUCCAUUGCGCCCUUAUGAGCGCAUUGACACUUUGAAACAGUUUCUGGAGCAUGAUGGACAUGUUUUACGUUUUUUCUGUGUGUGGAAUGACCCAGAAUCCAUGUUUCAUGACCCACGGGAACUUGUUCUGCACUAUUAUUUGUCUGAUGACACUAUUGACAUAAAAGAAAUUAUACCAGUAAACUCGGGCCGGGAUGCAAUUCCGCUUUUCCUCAGAAGGGAUAAACUUCCAAAGUAUGCUCCCACCGGGCUGUAUCAGCCGGGCACAAUCACCAGUCGCACUGUUCUCAAUGUGUUCGGAAAGUUAGUAGGAAACAGAGGCCGUUACAUUCUGGACAAUCGUAAGACAGGAGCAGUGCAUCAGGAAUUUUACAGAGACAGUGACCUGAAAAUAGGGGCUGUAAUUAAUGUUUGGGGAAGGAAGAUAAUACUAUGUGAUUGUGAUGAAUUCACUAAAGAAUAUUACAGGACAAAGUACGGAAUUGAGGACUUCACCCCAGUUCCAUAUAAGGCUCCACCACCUCCAAAAACAGAAAAAACAUUUCCUCCUUAUACUGGAUUUGGUUCCGAAGAGGAUUCUCUGUGCUCAUGUAUGGGUCUGCUUCCCAAGCCUCCCCAAAAAGAUUUCAAGAAAUUCAUGGAGAAAGACAGAAGUGGCAUGGAAAGUAACACACUGCGCUUCGUUGCAAAACUUGUCACAGAUAGUCCUAUUGACAAGGAUCGGAAAUUCAUUAUUUCCUACUUCCUGAGUGAUGACACCAUUUCAGUUUUUGAACAUACACAGCGAAACACAGGGAUACUUGGUGGGAAGUUCUUGGAAAGAGGUCGCGUUAAGAAGCCUGGGCAGGAGCUCUUUAAGAGCGAGCCAUCUGAAUACUUCAAGGCUCAGAAUCUGUUUGUUGGAGCCAGAGUUUGUUUCCAUGGUCACAACUUUCUUUUGGUGGAUGCUGAUGAGUACACGUUCAACUACAUGGAGAAGCAUGCAAAUGAGUUCUCCGUGGCUGACAUUGGAGUCAUCCUCAAGAAACUGAAAGACAUAGCUGAACCUCGUUCCCGAGAAAUCAGACAGGAGUUUGCAGCCUCUGACCCUGAACAUAGCAAGGUGAUUGAGUAUGACCCUUUCAGAAAUUUGAUACUCAGUAUCACUGAUGGAGCAUUUUCAGAACAUGAAAUUAUGACUCUUGGGCGCUAUUACAGUGUGAGAGACGAAUAUGAAACGGACCUCCAACUUCUCCUUGCAGUGGCUCAAGAGCAACUGAAGAAAAAUAGGUUUGAGAAUUUUGAACAACUGUCUGCUGUGCUUCUAUACAAUGACCGUGAAAAAUGUGGAGUGCUGCCCCAUGAGAUGUGCAGGACUAUUUGCAAGUCCUUUAAGUUGCCAGUGGCUGAUGAUGAUCUGCAAGCUUUACUGACCAUGUUUGAAGAUGACCAUAAGCAAGUGGAAUAUAAAAAGUUUGUGGAUGGGCUGAACUGGAGAGAGAAUCAAAUCCCUGCUUUCCAGAUGAUAAAGGUUCCUCUCAAGAAUGAAGAUGACUGGAGCCGACAACCGCCAUCGUUUCCUGUGAAAGGGGUCAAAUACUUACCUCUUCUGGAUGACCUGUUUGGCAAGGAAGAAUAA